GCUUGACCGACGGCUGCCGGCCGGUCGCGCACCGAGUCAGGGGCGCUGGGAGGCCGGGGAGGCGGGUGAGGAGCGUCCCGGCCUCAGGACGCGGGAGCAGUCGGUGUCCUGGGAGAGCGCCUCGGUCUCAGGCUGCCUGGUCCCAGAGCACACCCUGCCCCACCAUGUCUGGGCUGCUCAAGAGGAAGUUUGACCAGCUGGAUGACGACGACUCCUCCUUCUGCUCUUCCACCUGCUCCUCCACCGGCUGCCACUCUUGUUCCUGCUCCCCGAGCUCCUCAGACCCCCCGGCAUGGUACUCAGAUGAGGAGGGUCCCUGGGACCAGACACCCCCACCCGCCCGCAACUGCUGCAGCCCUCGGAGUUUCACUCCUCUGUCCAUCCUGAAGCGGGCUCCCCGGAAACGCUCAGGUCGUGUGGCUUUCGAUGGCAUUACCGUCUUUUACUUCCCUCGGUGCCAGGGCUUCACCAGUGUGCCAGGCCGUGGUGGCUGUACCCUGGGCAUGACAUCUCGCCACAGUGCCUGCCGCCGCUUCUCCUUGGCAGAGUUCACCCAAGAGCAGGCCCGGGCACGGCAUGAGAAGCUGCGGCAGCGCUUGAAGGAGGAGAAACUGGAGGUGCUGCGGUGGAAGCUGUCGACGGCUGGUGUGUCUGAGGCGGCGGAGGCAGGUCCGCCACUGACGGUGGACAGCAUCGACGAUGCCUCUGUGGAGGAAGACUUGGCAGUGGCCGUGGCGAGCGGCCGGCUGGAAGAAGUGAGCUGCCUGCAGCCUUACCCGGCCCGGCAACGGCGGGCCCUGCUACGUGCUGCUGGUGUGCGCAGGAUCGACCGUGAGGAGAAGAGAGAGCUGCAGGCGCUGCGCCGGUCCCGAGAGGACUGUGGCUGUCACUGUGACAGGGUCUGUGACCCCGAGACGUGCAGCUGCAGCCUAGCGGGCAUCAAGUGUCAGAUGGACCACACGGGGUUCCCCUGUGGCUGCUGCAGGGAGGGUUGUGAGAACCCCAAUGGCCGGGUGGAGUUUAACCAGGCCCGAGUUCAGACCCACUUCAUCCACACGCUCACCCGCCUGCAGCUGGAGCAAGGGUCUGAGAGCCAUGGCGAGGUGGACGCCCCUGCCCAAGGCAGCCCAGCCAACCCCACUGACGAAGCGCUCGUGCCCUCCUUCCCACUGGCCAAGCCCCCCAUAAGCAGUGAGCUGGGAGAUAACAGUUGCAGCAGCGACAUGACCGAUUCCUCCACGGCAUCCGGCACCAGUGAGGCUCCUGGUCGGCCCACCCACCCAGGCCUGCCUGGCUCUGGCUUCCAGACCGGCGUGGAUGAUGAUAGCCUGGCCCGCAUCCUGAGUUUAAGUGACUCUGACCUCGGAGGGGAGGAGGAGGAGGAGGAGGAAGUGGGCGUGGGACACCUGGACAAUCUUAGCUGCUUCCACCCGUCUGACAUCUUCAGUACGGGUGACCCUGGUAGCCUGGCCAGCUGGACUCAGAUCUAUUCAGGCUGUAGCUUCCCAUCGGGCAUCCUGGAUGAAAACGCCAACUUGGAUGCCAGCUGCUUGCUGAAUGGUGACCCGCAGGGCUUGAGUGAGGGCGGUCUAGCUGGCACAGCAGUGCCGCCUGGCGUGGAUGCUGCCCAGAGCAGCUCAGUGGACCUCAGCUUGUCUUCCUGCGACUCGUUUGAGCUGCUGCAGGCCCUGCCUGAUUACAGCCUGGGACCUCACUAUACCUUGCAGAAGGUCUCUGACAGCCUGGACCACCUUGAGACCCCCCACUUCCCUCUGCCCAGCCUCUCUCCGCCUGGGGACAUCAGCACAUGUUUCCUUGAGUCUCUCAUGGGCUUGUCGGAGCCUAGUGCUGAAACUCUGGCCCCGUUGGUAGACAGUCCCUUUGAGGAUGCUGCCCCGGCGUCUCUGAUGGAGCCUGUGCCCGUGUGAGGACUGCGGGGGUGCCCGGCCCCAAGAGCACCAUUGCUGCUAUUCUCUAACAUGGGGGACCUCCCCCACCCCAAAACAAGGUCUAGAGGUAAAAGGCUCUGGUUGGCUGGCUCAGCCCUGAGGUGUUGACUGGGCACCCCUGGUUUUCAUGCCACACUCUGAAUUUAUUUAUUUUUUUCUUCAUUCUUUUGUACAGAAGAGGGGAUGAGGGAAGGGGCUUCCCCACAACCCACCAGUGCCCUUCCACCACUCGUAUGCGCAGUGGGAAGAAGAGAAGAUGGUGGUUCUUGGAGCUUGGCAGGCAGACCCCUUGGUGGUCUCUGCGUGAUGUUCCUGAGCCCCCAAGACCUGGUUGCAUCCGGCCGCUUCCAGUGGCUGCUUCUGCCACCCUAAGCCCUAGACCCUCAGGGUGGCUAUAUCCUCUGGACUGUGAAGACUAAUUUAUUUCCAUAAUUUAUUAGACUCUGAUGGCAGAGGGCAGUGCCAGGGGCAAGGUGGUUACCAGCCCCGACAAGUCUCUUUGCCUUGGAGUCCGGAGCCUGGCCCUUGCUGCAGACCAGGUGUGAAUUGGAGGCCCCGUGAUCAUGUGUCACCCUCCUGGAUCCUGCACAGAAGCCAAGCAGGAGAUGGGCUCACCAGCUGUGACCAAAACUCCCUUCUGCCCCACCCAGCUCUCUCUGCUUCCUGCCAUCUGCCCAGCUCCCUUGCUCCCCAAAGGCCAUGUCCUUUAUUCCCAUGAUGGAGGAGUGGAAAGCGGGAGGCCCAGAGAGAGCAAGGGACUUGCCCUGGGGCACAAAGCAUGCCCUGGACUUAUCUCAGGGCUUUCUGGGCACCCCACUCCGUCCCAGCCCACCUGCCUGUUUCCAGGUGGUGGGUAGUUGGCUCCUUAGACUCUCAUGUCCCUUUUCAGAUGAAUUUUGCAUUGUUAUUUCUGUAUUGUCCCUGAGUGUCAAAACUGUAAUUUAUUCAUUUCUCUGUGUGUCUGUGCCAAGAAACCAAGUCUCUGGGCCUGCCCUCUUGCCCAGGAGGCCUUGCCAGUCUGUGUGCUUGUGGGAAUACCUUGUACCUGAACUUACAGGUACCAAUAAAGAGACUAUUUUUAA